UGGUUGUCAGGGGCAACACAAGCGACGCUCACGGGGAAAGUAAGGAUUGACUUGCGGCUUUUAAACUAUUUAUCACUUUCACUUGAUAAUUUGGGAGAGUGUUUUCAUUGGUUGUAUCCAGUAGCAGCUGCUGGGUGAUUCCACUGAGGAGGCAGACUGUGCAACGUGCCUGCCAUCGCAUCCCACUACACUCGAGCUGCAGAGCCCGCUAUUAACCAUUCCACUCCAACCAGUCCCACACAGUAACGCGAGCCACGACAGGAGUCGAGACGACACCCGGCAAUAGCCACAACGAAAUUCCACUGAGAUCGUCACUGAGUAAAAAAUGGCUCCCAAAAAGGGCUCAGCCAAAAAGGCCGCCGCGGCUCCGAACAAGAACUGGGAGGCCGGCCUCGCCACAGCGCAGCUGGGAGAGGAGUCGUGGCGGGCCUGCGUGUGUCUGGUGGUCGGGAGCAGUGGCGAGGACGAGGAGCUGAUGGAGGCCCUGGCUCUGGCCGUUCAGCGGCCACAACGCCAACUCUUCACCCUGUUGACCUGGGACAACACUCUUACAAAGAUCCAUGAAUUGGGGAAUCCCAAAACUAAAAAACCUGACGACGUCCCCAUGUUCUAUGAGGUGACAGAGUCGGCGAUGUUGCUGCUGGAUGCAGGAGAGGAGAUUCCAUGUGACCUAAUGGCAAAAAUACUGAAGUUCCAGCUGCUUGAUAUCAAAGCCAGAGAUCAGCAGAGGAGGGCAGCCAAGCAGGCCGAGGACGAGCAGGCAAAAAACGGUUUGCCCCCUGCCAAGAAGGCUCCUCCCAGAAAGGGAAAAGGUCAGACGUCACCUGCGCAAUCUUCCAAGGAGACCAAGCUGAAGCGCAGGGAUGAUGUUGAGCCGCCCAAGUUCAUAGAUGAUGAGCCAGACGAUGGUCCUCAACACUACGUCCUGGUGCUGGGCUUCUACCAGCCCCAGCUGCUUGGGCUCCUUGAUGCCAUAGGUGUGCACGUAGCGAAUGUCAUCAAACUGUGUUCGGAGCACAGAAAAACUUGUGAAGUGCGGCAGGAACAACAACGCACCUCUGAGGGCAAUGAGCAGAGUCAGAGCAUGUCUCCAGAUUUGGAUGCAGACUUGGAGAAGGCUGCUCAGGCCAAGAGACUAGAUCUCUUCUGGUCAGGUCUGAGACCAGUUUUGGAUGGCGCACCACUGGACUCCAGGCUCCACAGUGUGGCUCAGCUCAGCUACACUGUUCCAGAUCUCUUAACUUCAUUCCACGUACAGGAGCCCGAGUCUGUGCCAAAGUUGGGAGACCAAAUCUUUGAUGGUGUUGCCAAUCUCAUCUAUGACUGUUUGGACUGGCGCAGGCAGCAUCAGCACUACAUAGACAACAUCAAGCUCAUCAGUGUGCCCACAGUUGUUGUGUUGGAUUGUCAGCCUGCAGAGACUCCACGCUCCAGGAAGAAGUCAGUGCAGGACCAAGAGACCAAGCUCUCUACAGAUGUGGAUAUGCGUUAUUAUAGCAACCUACUGGACCUGGUUCCACCUGAAGCUUGCUCAGUGCCCCUUAUUUUACACUGUGUGCUGGAGCAGGUGGUGAUUUCCACAGAGCAGUCCGACUUAACCAAGUUCCAUGUGGCUAAGAGGCCCAAACCUCCUGAUGAUCCCUGGUUAGACUGUGAGCUGGUCGACCACAUGCUCCAGAGCUUCCUGCCUGUGGUGCACUCAGAAGACGAGAGAAGCCACAUGCUAAACAGCUUACUGACUGUGGUACAGAAUGAGGAAGACAAGAAGAGGCUAGUGGAGAAGUUUGGAGCAGAGGAGACUCGGAAGAAGUCAGAUCACCCUCUUGUUGUCAGACAUAACGAUGAGAGGGCACUGCGCUUGAGGGACAUCAGUGCUGUGCAGGGGUUCGAUCCAGUGGAGGUGGAGUUGACCAUGAUGAAGCUGGCUCCAGUUUGGGAGCUUAUCCAUUCUGUAGGCCAUCGGAGAAUGAGCAGUUCCUUCUGGAUGGCAGUCAAACAGCAGCUGCAGCACUACUGCACAGAUGAAUUUGUGUCAUGGUCCACGAUGGAGCGUCUGUUUCAUCAGAGCGUGUUUGAGACUAUGCCACUGACCAGGCUGGACCAAAAUGGUGUACUACUGAAUGCUGCAGGAACAGUGGGAACACUGGGACAAGCAGAGCCGCGGACACCCACAACAAUACCCUGGGACAGUCCACUAUCCUACGCCAAACAGCAGCUUCAUAACUCACAGACCAAAGAGCCAACAUUCCCCACUGAGGACUCUGCUAACACAGCGCGGUUCAGUGGGAGAGUGCGUCGCCAUGUGGAGCUGUCUGACCUUCAGAGCUGUAGGCUGAGGUCUCUGUUUGACUGGCAUUAUGCUGAACACCACGAUGCUUCUAUCUUCCCACAGGUGCUCCAGGUUGCCUCGGAAGAAUACCGCUGCUUGGACACCUUCAGAGGAAGCCAUAAAAACAUCCUGUACAUUUUUUGCCACAAUCCUAGAAGUCCCGACUACCAGUGCAAGGAGUUCUGGGAUGUAGCCCUUCACACAGAUGUCAAGUUUAGGAAGUAUCUGGAACAUGUUGCAGACAUCAUUUUGGAUUGGACAAGAGGGGAGGAGUUAAAGAGAGAGGCAAUGCAACUUAGAAAUCUCAGUCCUGCUGAGUUUCCAACAGAUGUAAAGGCUACAGAUUCGGAAGAGGAGGACAAAACUUUGGAGCCGGUCAUCAGAAAGGACUCCCUUAAAGCCUGGAAAUUGGAGGAGGAGCGGCUAAAGGUGGAGGAGAUGGCCAAGAAAUCAAAGAAGGAGAAUACACCGAAAAACAAGCAGCCGAAGGAGGAGGCUAAGCCGACGGACAAUAACAAGAAUAAAGGUUUGGCUGAUGGCAAGAAGGGCAGAGCAGAGACAGCAGGCGGCCCAGCCAACACUCCCGGAGAGGCCAUUACUACCACAGUUCCCCCUGUGGAGGAAAACGAAGACCUGCAUCACACAGAGGAGCAAGCCAGUGGUUUCGCAGGUUACGGCAUGGAUGGGAAGUUGAUCCACGUGUCUGGUCGCCUCCAGUACCUUUUCACUUCAGACGGAGGCCACAUCACUGUGGAGAAUAUCAGCUAUGUUGAAGGUUCCAACCUGCUGAAAGUGGCUGUGAAGAAGGAUGGACAUAAUUUCUACACACACAUCAACCAAGUUGUUAUUUAUCCACCUCCGCCCCAGGGCAAAGAAAUUAAUGACAAAAAGGAAGAUUGUGAAGGUAAAGUGUCAGAGCCUUUGGAGGGGAAACAGGUGAAGCAGGGCUCGCUCUCAGCAGUGCUGAACAACGGAGUUCACCUCUCAUACAGUUUCUACGGCCCAACAGGAGAAUAUGAAGUGAAAACCCAGGAAGCAGAAGGGGGUAGCACAGAGGCCAUCCAUCUCUCCUCCACCCAGAACACCAAAGAAACAGACCUGGAAUCAGUUCCCUUGAAACACAGCCUAUCCAGCCAGGACAAACUGGAAGAGUCCAAGUCUCAGGUGUGUGAAGGUCAGCGAGCAUUGCUGUCGAGUCCAUUCAACAGUCUCAACUUGUCUGUUCCUAAUGGCCUCCUGCUGCAGUUUCUUAGAGAGGAUACUCAAGGAGAGUCCUCAGAGGAGCAUAGUAUGCUGGUGAGACAGAGCUUUCCUCUCCAUGGCACGGGAGAGGUGAGCCAUCUUCGGGACGCCUCUCUCUCCAAGGAACUGUCCCGCAUUGUCACCUGCCAGGGAACUGUGAUCCGUAACAUGAGAGAUGAAUCCACAGAGGUGCUGUUUGCAGAUGGGUCAGUCAGUUUCAGCCAGGAUAGUGGUCCAGUGUGGGUGGCUGACUCUGAAGUUGAGGAGGAAAACCCUCCCAAGGAAGCUAAGAACAACAAGAAAGGGCAGAAAACAGAGAAGGCGGCUGACUUCCAGAGAGGGUAUUGGUUGACUACGACUCCCUCUGGAGUUCGCAUCUGCACUGUGGGGACCACACACAAACACUUGCCCACAAACCGUCUUCUUGCCUUCAAGGCUACAGACCCCAUAACCCAUGAGGUGAUGCGGAGCCGGGAGGAUCUGGUUGUUUCUGUCCAGAACCCAGACGGAUCUCUGAGUGUGGAACAUGCUGAUGGAACCAGGAUCACCAGUCUCUGCCAAGAAAAACCAGGGGAGCAGCAUGAGAUUGUGACUCUUAACGCCACUUCUGAAUGUGUAUGUGACUGCACUGUCGAUGACAGGGAGUGCGACGAAAAUAUGUUGUGUAAGAAUAAUAAGAGUGGAUGCGAAACUGAUAAAGGAAGUGUGUCAACCAAAGAGCGAGUGUUGUUGGUGGAGAAGGAGGGCUGCGCCACAGUGGUGAUGUAUCCAGAGCGACAUACGGCUCAUGUCUUUUUAGCUGAUGGAACUGUCAUAACUGGGAACAUCCAAGGAGACUAUCAGGUGUUCCCUUCUGAUGCGGGGAUCCUGCAGAUCCAAAGUGACGGCAAGUGCGUGUACUCCUCUGACCCACUAGUAACCCCCAGUCAAAAGUGUGGUGCUCCCACAAACCAGCCAGGAAGCUACACCUUGAGUCACACAGACAAAGUGGCCUGCGAUGUUACAGACCCCGAUGGGAACCACUUCCAGGUGAUGGAGGAUGGGCAGAUAUCAGUGCUGACCUGCAGUCUUGCUCCAAGCACACUGAAAAAUGAUGAGGAAGAGCUUGAGGAGGAGGACAGAGAGGUGGCCAGGCUUCAUACAAAACACAGAGAACCUUGUUCCAGGCUGUUCCUGGUACAUGAGGAUGGCUCAGGAACUGAACUGCUGAGCGCUCAGAGUGUAGAGGAGCUCCUCGACCAGGCGCACUCUGACCCCACCAUAGCAGUGCUGAAGGAACCACUGCCGGACACACAAGAUGAAUUUGGCAUCACCAUCCUGAAGCCCAGCCACCAGAGUGUGUGGUCCCAGUGGAUGCUCAGGAAACGGAACCCUGACAUCACCCCUCCCAACCUCAGAAACCGCACCUGGCGUGACUUCCCCAGUGUAGAGAAGAAGUGCCCCGGUCCUCCAUUUGGUAGCAACAUCGGACGAGGUCUGACUCUAAGAGAGAGGUCUGCUGCUUCUACAGCACAGCACCAACCAGCCAGGAGCUGCCCUAAAGUCCUGGAAAUGAGGGAACUGUGCCAGCACCAACCAUUUACCAUGCUGCUUAAAAAUACUAUAGACUCACGACUGAAGGAAUACAUAGAGAAGUUGAUGGAGAGGGAGCAGCAAUCAGAGGACAGGAAGGUUAAAGAGCCUCGCACUGAGGAAGAGAGUGACAAAGCCAGUGAUCUCCUCAAUCUGGUCCUGUCUUUCACAGAGAAAGAGGAUGAAAAUCACACCUUUGACAAGAGGUCGUGUUCAGUGGACAUAAGCGGUCUGUACAACCAAGGUGUUGACGCUCAAGAUGAGCAGUCAGAUGUUUCUGAAAACACAACCAGUGACAGUUCUCCUAAUGGGAAGGAGUCAAAAUGGACUGAAAGACUUGCACAAUACAGAAAGGAGCUUUGCGAGGAGAAGGCUUGUCGAGUGGCUUUGAGAAGGAAUAACAUUGUUCCGUAUUUCCACCCAGAAAAUAUUCCAUUAUAUCAGAAUUUACUGCAGAACCAAACACCAGACAUGAGGAGACUAUCCAUGGAUCUCCCACCAAUCCCCAAGUCAGACAAGGCUGAGGCCUUCCUAACAGUCACCCCACAAGAGAACACUCCCCGACCUUUAAACCCAACACCCUCUCAGUCUGCAAGUCAUGCAGCAGGAAGUGACAGGACGCCUGAGAAGAGACCCACGAACCCCACACCUCAGACUGCUGGUGAAAGCAUCUGGAAGGCUUCAUCGGGGCCAUAUAAGUCAGUCCAGUUGGAUGUGACUGGAAAGCCCAGGAGGACUAAAGUCCGAAUACCAACCUCCAUCCUCGGUUCUAAACCCUGCAGCGUACCAAAUCAACAGUUCCUGUCAGUGGAAGAUCCAGUGAGGAGAAGGUGUCGAAUGAUUUCCCUGACUGAUCCCAGUGUGGUAGUGAGGGGCUUCCAGCUUCUGCCGUUGAUCGUUGACUUCGGUACAGUGCAGGAGGGCAGCUCCUCGGUCAUUAGUGUGGCGAUGAAGAAUGUGGGCGUUGACACCUGCAGGUUUCAUGUGAAACCGCCUCGUCCUGCUACAGGCCUCCGGGUCCUCUACAAUCCCGGGCCUGUGGCUGCCGGUCUGCAGGCUGAACUGCAGGUCCAGCUGUUUGCCAUGUCUACAGCCCAAGCAGGAGAGGUCGAGCCCAAGAAAUACAUCUCCCAGGAUAUUAUCAUCCACACUGAGACUGACAUCCUCUACCUGCCGGUCACUGCUACCAUCCUUCCUGGGAGGUUAUAUGAGGUUUGGCUCAGGGACCACACCAGCGCACACAAAAAGAAAGGCUCCAGGGCACUUGAACUGUGCUCCAGUCUGCCAGAUGAGCAGGGAAUCAUGCACAGACCAUCCAGUACCCUCCUGACUAGAGCUGCAGCAAAAACAGGAAAUCUGAAUCGCACCACCAGUCAAUGAAGAAUACACAAGACCAUCACCAGUCUGCAAUCAGAUUUCACCUAAUUCCUCCCAUUAACCGCCUACCACAUGCCCUCUGUUACAUUCCACACUAAAAUGAAAUGUAUGAAUGGAUUUUGAUAUUUUCUUCCAAAUAAAUACUAUUUUUAACACUGAAA